AAUACCGCGUGGCUACGCUGUCAGAUGUAAACAAAGUGCUGUAGCCUUCUCCAAGCAGCCAAAUAAACUAUAUUUCAUCACUUUAUUUCGCAGGGAUAAUGGCUUAAUCUUACGGAAUCAUUUGCAGCAACAGAGGUCCCAUGUUGUCAUUGUGUAUAAAUGUCUGCUUUGGCAAUUAUUAUCAGGGUUGGCGUGUCAAAUCGCAUACCUUGCACGUCAACGCGGGGGACAACAAUCUUUAACGCUUUCAAGCAUAACAUCCACGGAAACCUGUUAGGAUGAAUUUGAUACAUAUCCGUUUCAAUUGCGAUCUUCAAUCUGUUAAAAUAACUCGUUUGGUUGACUAUUUUGAUUAGUUGUUCAGUAAAGUAAACUUGGACAUCGGACUGUCACGUGACCCAGAUAGCCUCUCGCUCAAAAAAUGGUUUCAUAUCUGUAUUUGCAUUUCUUGACCGUACGAAAAUGAAGUUCUCGCAACUUUUUGGGCGACUUAAAUCUGUAGUUAUUGGAAUGAUUCAUGUCCAAGCCAUGCCAGGUACGCCUUUGAAUAAGAUGAACAUUUCCCAAAUUACCUAUGAGGCAUGCAAAGAAGCAGAGAUAUACCUAAAUGUGGGGAUUGAUGGCUUGAUCAUUGAAAACAUGCAUGAUAUCCCCUACUCCUUAUCCGUGGGGCCCGAAGUGUGUGCCUCCAUGACAGCAGUGUGUACCACUGUGAGGGGCCUCUGUCCUACUCUGCCCCUUGGAAUACAAAUACUGUCUGCUGCUAACAAACCCGCCAUAGCUGUGGCUCUCGCUUCAGGUCUAGAUUUCAUGCGAGCCGAGGGCUUUGUGUUUUCCCACGUGGCGGAUGAGGGCCUUUUGAAUGCAUGCGCUGGGGACCUGCUGCGGUACCGCAGGCAGAUAGGAGCAGAGCAUAUCCAGAUCUUCACUGACAUCAAGAAGAAACACAGUUCUCAUGCCCUGACGUCUGAUGUGAGCAUAGAAGAGACAGCGAAGGCAGCCGAGUUCUUCCUCUCAGACGGCAUCAUCGUCACGGGGAUAGCGACCGGGGCGCAGGCAGAUCCACAAGAACUCAAAGCGGUUGCCCUGAGUGUGAACAUCCCUGUGCUGAUCGGCUCGGGAGUGACGUACGACAACGUAGAUCACUACAUGGACGCAAACGCCAUGAUCAUUGGCUCUCACUUCAAGAAGGACGGCCACUGGGCCAAUCCAGUCGACCAAGAGAAUGUCAGGAGAUUUAUGAGCAAGAUCCAGCAACUUCGAGGAUAAGGCUGUUGGGUGGUACUGACUUCUUAUUUCCCCAGGUUGGAAUGUGUCCAAGUGUUUUCCUUUCGUAGAAAAUGUAAUUGUCUUAUAAGUUGUGUGCUUGGAUGAUCACUUAACCUGUAGGCAUCCUAGAGACAGAUGCCUUAUCCCCACCUACUCCUCCUGUACUACCUUUAUCACAAUUCACUGUAAGAUGCUAUGGAUACAAAUAACACUAAAUAGUACAAAUUGUUUUUUUCACUUUAUAUUUUCUCAAUAAAAUGACACCCAGGCCACAAUUUAAAAAACAAGAUUUAUUCGAUUUUUUUUGUACAUUUUUAUAAAUAUUCAAAAAUACAAAACAGCUGUACAUAAUACAAUUUCAUACAUUAUGUAAAGGCUUCAAUGAUGUAACAUGAUAAAAAUAAGAAUCCACUGAAAAGUAUAAAAUGGUAUACAUUCUGUAAUCUUUAAUCAGAAUUAAUUUUAAUUGCAAAGACGUUUAAACAUUAAAAUGACAAGUUGUUUCUUCACAUAUCAUAAUUUCUGUUGUUUUGUAUGUUUGGUAUCAAAAGCGCCCAUAACGCAUAAUCGAAACACAUCAUCUAAAUGUAAGGCACACAAUAUGAUACACAUUAAAGAUAAUGAAGAACUAUCAACGUUCAACUUCUAACUUGGAUACCGUUCACACUUUAUUUUUUCCUAGUGACUAUACUAUAACUACUUAAUCUGAACAUAUAUAUGAGAAUUUGAUACUGUAGCAGGAUUUGUACUGAAUCACAAAUUUCUGCUUCCACUUCUCAGACCUGAGCAAGAAGAAGAGUGUUUCCUCUGCAGCGUGGCUCAUACAAUGUUCCCGAAAACAUUUGAUGCAUAUGGUAAAAGAGUGAAACUGCCGUGUAUAGAGAAAAAAAUGUUCAUGCAUACACAAGGAACGUUUGUGUCAUAAUAAUUUUUGGUAACCAUAACCAAUAAAGGUUUUUAGAUGUAAUCUGGCUAGCAAACCCAAGUACGUUCAUGUAAAAAAAAAAAAUUAUCCAGCAGUACAUUGAGCGAUUUGCCCCCGGGGUCAAGGGUCAAAGCACUGUGCCGUGCCGUAAAUCCACAUGUUUGACAGGUCACCCACCAGGCCAGGGAUCAGGCUUCUAGUAGUUGUAGAGGCGCUGGCCCGGCUGCUUGAAGUAUCCGUAGCGUUUCUCGUUGGGGGAGAAGCGUGUCUUGACCAGGUUCUGCCUGUUGAGGGCGCUGCGGCUCAUCUUGUGGCGCUCCCCCUGGCUCUGGGACCGCUGGAGUGCCAAAAACUGGACUGCACUCGUGAGGGGGAUGCCCCAGGCAGCCAGAAGCCAUGAAAUGUGCCGCCGCACCGCCACUGACCUGUUGGGGAACACCAAGAGGGGGCAGUAGUGAGCUUUGAGUAACGGUAAAACAGUAUCGGAUGUGGGGAGGAUCUUGCUAGACCUGCGUUUUAAUAUCCAUCCGUCUCGGAGGUCCGAGGACGUUGCCUAGCGACACGCACAAACACGCCCCUUUUCCUCGGACGGCGAACUCGCCAUCUCGGUUGAACUCAGUGGUGACAGAGCAAAAUUCCGAGACAGAAUUCAAGAUGGCUGCGCCCAUUGUGACUUCAAGUAUGAACUGUUUUCAUUGUGCUUUGACCACUUUGGUGGUUUAAAUGGUAAUUUCAAUCACUCGUAUUACUGCAAUACCUUACUGCGUCCGUAUCUCUGCCUAUGUACACAAAUAUAUUGUAUUUGUGUACAGCACUUUGGUCAACUACUGUUGUUUUAAAUGUACUAUAUAAAUAAACUUGACUUGACUUAACUUGACUAUGGCCUAUUGCCUACUUAUUUUGGAGCGCCUGGUCCUCUGCCAAUGCUACCGCGACAACAGCUUUCCGGGUGGCGUCCAUGUUUUCCUCCAACGACCGAGCGAAAUAAUAAAACGCGGGACGUGGGCGUGGCGUCAGAUCCG